UUGCCUGCGGCGCAGUCCACUCAACAUUUACUGUAUUUCACGCGGGGAACAGCAACAAGAGCCUCCGGAGAAGCUUGACGGGGAAUACCGGGGAAUAUCUGACAGCACACACAUACACACACAACCUGUAUUUUUCCUUCCUUUUCCAAAUAAAGCCGGUUUUUUAACGGGUUGAUGUGGACAAACUAGCGCGCGCUCGGGUCAGUAGGACAGCGGCUCGUGCGCGGACUGGUGUCUUGUCGGUGGGAGCGUCUUUUUAUUUUUAUAUUAUUAUUAUUAUUUAUUUAUUUUAAUAUCUAAAUCGGUCCUGGAGAAGAACAGACCACAUCAGGAGGAAAAAGGAAAAAAAAAAAAAAAAAAGCAGAAGACAGCCCCGCGUGAAAGUGAUCAAGAGUCAGAAUGAAUAACAACAAAAUCGAGAAGGAGAACGAGCAGAGUGAAUUCACCAACCACGAAGAAGAGGUCCGAACGCUAUUUGUCAGCGGGCUACCACUGGAUAUUAAGCCGCGGGAGCUCUAUCUCCUGUUCAGACCAUUUAAGGGCUAUGAAGGCUCCUUGAUAAAACUCACCUCUAAACAGCCAGUGGGGUUUGUCAGCUUUGACAGUCGAUCAGAGGCGGAGGCUGCUAAGAAUGCCUUGAACGUAAGUGUCAUGCCCUCUCCACGCUCCUUGCAACAACCAGCUCAGCAUGAGCUCACAGUGCCUGCUCUAUAUCCCAGCAGCCCAGACGUGUGGGCCUCAUACCCGCUGUACCCGGCGGAGCUGUCGCCGGCCCUCCCACCCGCUUUCACCUACCCCUCCUCGCUCCACGCUCAGAUUCGCUGGCUCCCACCUGCAGAUGGAACUCCUCAGGGAUGGAAGUCCAGGCAGUUCUGCUGAAGUAUGUGUUCCUGAUGUGUGAUGGUGGCCGCGGCCGGCUGUGACGGGCGUUGCCGAUUGCCUCUCGUGUCCAAUUAGAAACCAGGACGAGCGACCCCCGACUCCAGCUCCCGGAGCAGCGUUACCGUCGGCAGCAGCAGCCUCAUGGGCCUCAGGACAUACUAGACCCCAGCCUCCAUCACACAUCGAGCCCCCCCCCCCCCACCUCCACCCCCUCCAAAAAAAAAAAAAAAAAAAAAAAUCCCUCUUU